AUGGAUUAUACUCCUCAAAAUCUCCAUAUGGUCAUCAUCAUCGUCCUCAUGCUUGUACCAUUCAAUUGUAUCCACAUUUUUACUGUGGAUGCCUCAUUGAAUGCACCAGAAUACUUCAAUCUACAAGAGGUGUACUACAUGGAGAACAUUGCUGGUGGGAAAGAGAGCCAUAUUGGGAAGGUCUCAGGUGAGGAUGAGAGAGAAGAAAAAGAAGGCUUGAUCUUGGAAAAGUUCAGAGCUUUGCUUGGACUGAAGAGCUCUAACUUAAGGAGGCCAUCCAAUGGUGAUUUGGAAUAUGCGUCACCCUCACCUGCCCCAUCUCUCUCCAUUGAAUCUGAAGCUCCAGCUCCUACUCCAGUGCCUCCUAUCCAUGUACAUUCGCAUCACUACCCGCCUCAUCACCGUCCAAUCCGAUCCCCUCAAAUAAUUCACAAGGAAGAUAGAGAUAAAGGUGGAGUUAGAAGGAUCUUAGUAGCAGUUUUUGUAUCAGCUGGAAGUGCCUUGGUACUUUGUGUCAUAGGCCUCUUCUGGAUCUGCCAAAGAUUCAAAAAACAAAGAAAAAGAUCAAUGAGUGCAGUGUCAGUCUACAGCACCGGAGGAGGAAAUAGAGAUAAAUCAAAGUAUGUAAGUUCUCAAAAUGCAGUGAGAAAGGUAAGCUCUGAUCCAGGCCCUGACCUCUUUUACAUUGAUUCAUUAGGAAGUGCUUUAGAACCACAACAAUUUUGCCUGAAACCAAAUUUUGAAACUGUGAACACAUUAUCAAAUCAAAACACAUCAUCUUCUACAUUGCAUGAGAAGGAAGAAUUGGAUCAAGAAGAGAUUAAGUCAGAAUCUGACAAUGAUAGCUGUUCUACUGGUGGGGAAAUUAUAUCUAUUCAUGAGACAGUGGAAUCUACCAAGUGUGAACCUGAUGGUUGUGACUUUUCAACAUGUGAUAAAAUGGUUCCUAUGGAAGCUCAUUCAUCUGAUGAUGAAUCUUUCCAUUCGGUCUGCGAUUCACAUUCUUCUAAUCUAUGGCUUUCUAAUGCUUCAGCUUGCGGUCUUAGUGAUACCUCAGAAAUUCUCUCCCCAAAUGCCUCAAAUGUAUCACCUUCUCCCCUGGCAUCCCCUAUGAACUUGCCAAUUCAAUUGCUGACACCAGAUUCCUUCUCAAACCCUGUUUCUGUUUCAAGUACAGAGACAUAUUCUCUACCACCGCCACCCCCUCCAUUCCCACGUGUACACAUUCUUCCUUCUUACUCUAGGACUUCAAUAGGAGUGAAAUCUAAAGCCUCGACUUAUUCAACAUUGCCAAAUUCAUCAUCUCCUGGGAAUUCAGAUUCUUCUUCAGGAUCAAACCAAACCCCCCUAAAUGAUUUGCCACCAUCACCUCCGAAGCCUGCAAUUGGAAUUCCUCCGCCGCCAUGCCUGCCUCCAUUUUCAAAAGGGAAUAGUACCUCUCUAAAAGGCCCACCACCUCCACCAUCUCUGCUUCCACAGUAUAUUCAAUUGGGGAAAGAUGGAGCUCCUUUGCCAAAACUGAAACCACUGCACUGGGACAAAGUUAGAGCUGCACCAGAUCGUUCAAUGGUAUGGGACAAGUUGAGAUCGAGCUCAUUUGAGUUGGAUGAGGAAAUGAUUGAGUCACUCUUUGGUUACAAUCUACAAAAUUCGAUGAAGAAAGACAAAGAAAAAAGCAAAACCCCUUCCCCAAGCAAGCAUGUCCUUGACCCGAAGAGACUACAGAAUAUAACCAUACUCUCAAAAGCUGUGAAUGUCUCUGAUGAUAUCCUCUGCGAUGCACUGAUACAAGGGAAAGGCUUGUCCUUACAACAACUAGAAGCAUUGGUGAAGAUGGAACCCACAAAGGAAGAAGCAUCUAAACUUUCAAGCUACAAAGGAGAUAUAAACGAAUUGGGAGCAGCAGAGAAGUUUGUUAAGACAAUGCUUAACGUACCUUUUGCUUUUCCUAGGAUUGAAGCUAUGCUUUACAAAGAAACCUUUGAAGAUGAGGUAGUUCAUCUCAGGAAGUCUUUCUCAAUGCUAGAGGAGGCCUGCAAGGAACUCAGAUCAAGUCGGCUCUUCUUAAAACUACUUGAAGCAGUGCUGAAAACAGGAAAUAGAAUGAACGUAGGAACGAUUAGAGGAGGAGCCAGAGCAUUCAAGCUUGAUGCCCUCCUUAAACUUGCUGAUGUGAAAGGAACUGAUGGAAAAACCACACUGCUUCAUUUUGUUGUUCAAGAAAUUGUUCGAUCAGAAGGAAUCAGGGUCUCAGAUAGCAUUAUGGGGAUGAUCAAUCAGAAAAACAAAAGCACAAAUGUCGAAGAUAGAGAAGAAGAUUACAAAAGGAUGGGCCUAGAACUUGUUUCUGGUUUGAGUACUGAGCUGUGCAAUGUGAAGAAAACGGCCACAAUAGACUUGGAUGUUCUUGCUACCUCUGUCUCAAACCUAACGGGGGGAAUGACCAAGUUGCAACAUCUAGUGGGCAAGGAUUUGAGCAUGGAUGAAAAAAGUGGGAAUUUUGUGCACUCAAUGAGAUCCUUUCUCAAUUAUGCCCACAAGAGUCUGAAGGAAUUGCAGGAAGAUGAACAUAGAGUUCUCUUACAUGUUAGACAAAUAACAGAAUAUUUUCAUGGAGACAAAGGCAAAGAUGAAUCCAACCCACUUCGAAUAUUUGUGAUUGUCAGAGACUUUUUGGGAAUGUUAGAUCAUGUUUGUAAAGAGCUUAGAAGUUUAAAAAUGCCAAGUAGUCCGAAUCCUCUAGCUCCAUUCCGAUAGAUUAGAUGCUUGAUUAUGUCCAUAGAUUGUACAAUUCCCUCUUAUGACGAACAGGAGAUUUGUGCAACAUCUUUUGAACUAUGUGAAGAAUUCCGAGUGUUUAGAUUGAGUUGAUUGCAGGUCGGCUCAAGACAAUUUGAGGCGGCCUUUUAUUUUUUAUUAAUAAUUUUUAUUUAA